AUACAACAAUCUAAUGUAAAUAGGUUAUGAUAAACAAUUUCUGCGCAUUGAAAAAUAUCUAGUUAUUGUCCGCUUGAUGGUCGUAAAAAGUAAUAAACAUACAUCAUUAAUAUUAUAGAUGACGUUUUGUAUGGAUAAUUCUGAUAAUUUAUCAGUACGAAGGUCGUACCACUCGCCAGAUUACCUAUUACUUCCAUUAAUAGUUCAAGUUUCUGGAUGUGUUACAUAAAUCGUGCGUGGUCUGUUUGUUAUUAUGGGUCCGCUUGUGGGGGCAAUUGAUGAGGGCACUUCAAGUGCAAGAUUUAUUUUAUUCAAAGCUGGUACAACGGAAGUCGUUGCGUCCCAUCAACAGGAGCUUUCACAAAUUCACCCACAAGAAGGUUGGGUGGAACAAGACCCCCAAGAGAUCCUAAAUGUGGUCAACAUUUGUAUUGAGAAUACCAUUGAUAAAUUAAUAUCUUUGGGUGGUAGUGUCAAUGAUAUUGUGGCUAUAGGUGUGACAAACCAAAGGGAAUCAACACUGGUUUGGGACAAAACAACUGGUGAACCUUUGUACAAUUCAAUUGUGUGGCUGGAUGUUCGGACAUCAUCUACAGUAGAACAGUUACUUGAUUCAGUGCCAAAUAGAACAAGGAACAAGAAUUAUUUAAAGCCUCUGUGUGGUUUGCCAUUGUCACCAUAUUUUAGUGCUGUGAAAUUGAAGUGGUUACAAGAUAAUGUGCCAAAGGUCAAGAAAGCCAUGGCAUCAGGCAAUUGUUUGUUCGGAACAGUUGACUCAUGGCUGAUAUGGAAUCUGACAGGUGGACCUGAUGGAGGACUUCAUAUUACUGAUGUUUCAAAUGCCUCCAGGACUAUGCUAAUGAAUAUAGAAACUCUUAAGUGGGAUCCCAAAUUGAUUAGCUUCUUUGGUACUCCUACAUCAGUACUACCAAAAAUAAAGUCCAGCUCUGAAGUUUAUGGUAAUAUUCAGAAGGGGUCUCUCAAAGGCAUCCCAAUUUCUGGAUGUUUAGGGGAUCAGCAAUCUGCUCUUGUUGGUCAACAAUGUUUGAGCAGAGGACAGGCAAAGGCAACUUAUGGAACUGGAUGCUUUUUACUUUACAACACUGGAAAUAUGAAAGUAAACAGUUCUCAUGGUCUAAUAACAACUGUAGCCUAUCAGUUGGGACCCAAACAACCUCCUGUGUAUGCUCUUGAAGGAUCAGUUGCAAUUGCUGGAGCAGCUCUUAACUGGCUUAGGGACAAUUUGACAGUGCUGCCCAACUUUACCAAAGCUCAAGAGAUUGCUGAAGAAGCUGAACUGGUGGAGAGUGGAGAGGUUACUUUUGUACCAGCCUUUAGUGGUUUAUAUGCACCUUAUUGGCAACAAGAAGCCAGAGGGGUCAUUGUUGGCAUCUCUGAAGACACUCAAGCCUGCCAUAUUGUCAGGGCGACUUUAGAUGCUGUUUGUUUCCAAACAAGAGAUAUUUUGGAAGCCAUGAAUAAGGAUUAUGGAUCAACUUUGAGUACUCUUCAGGUUGAUGGAGGAAUGACAGCCAACAGACUCCUUAUGCAACUACAAGCAGAUAUAGCAGGAAUAACUGUUGUGAAACCGGGCAUGGCGGAAAGUACAGCGUUGGGUGCCGCUAUGGUAGCAGGUGCUGCUGUUGGACAUUGGGAUAUGUUUGGUUCCCCUUUGGAAAUACCUUUUGAAAAAUGGGAACCCAAAUUGACUAGAGAUGAAAGAGAUGUUCGAUACGCCAAGUGGAAAAUGGCAGUUGAACGUUCUAUGGGCUGGGACGUUUAAUAAAUUGACAUUGGCAAAGAAACCGUUUUGUAUGCAUAAGUAUUUCUUUGUUGAUUUAUACAACGACAAACGUAGAUAUUGUAAAUAUAUUGUUAACACUUUUGUUAUAUUUUUUAACAUAUUUUAUGUAUUUGUCUUUUUGUUGGUAUUUUAAUAAAGUUUAUACAUAUAGUUUAUUAAAA